AUGGCUCCCAAAACGCUCAUUGCGCCGUCAAUCCUGUCGGCUGACUUUGCACAGCUCGGUGCAGAAUGCGCCCGCACCAUCGAGCAGGGUGCCGAUUGGCUGCACGUUGAUAUCAUGGACGGCCAUUUCGUACCAAACAUCACAUUCGGAGCCCCCGUGGUGGCAAAGGUCCGGCCGCACGUCGAGAAGCCGGCCCAACCCGCCGGUCGAGGGACAUUCGACUGCCACAUGAUGAUUGCCGAGCCUAAGAAAUGGGUCAAGGAGUUCAAGAGCGCCGGCUGCGACCUCUACUGCUUCCAUUACGAGGCUGCCUUUUCCUCUGCCGCAGAGUCUCCCGAGCAAACGACCGAUAAGAAGACCAACCCCAAGGAGCUGAUCCGAUAUAUCCACGACAACGGACUGCUUGCAGGCAUUGCCAUCAAGCCUGACACAUCCGUCGACGUGCUUUGGGACAUUCUCGAGACCUCGGAUCCCAAGGAAAGACCCGAUAUGGUUCUCGUCAUGACGGUCUACCCCGGCUUUGGAGGACAAAAGUUUAUGGCCUCGGAGCUGCCCAAGGUGCAGGAGCUGCGAAAGCGAUACCCCGAGCUGAACAUUGAGGUGGACGGAGGGCUCGGCCCCAGCACCAUUGACCAGGCCGCCGACGCGGGAGCCAAUGUCAUUGUCGCAGGCAGCGCCGUCUUUGGAGCCAAGGACCCGGCCGAGGUCAUUUCGCUGCUGCGGAGGUCCGUCGACACCAAGGGAGGCAAGCUGUAG